AGCCAGUCAGUUGGUUGUAACGUGCCAGACCACAUUACACCAAAAAACAUUGUUUUUAAUCGUUUUUCCGGGAAAUUUUUUAUAUUUUGUUAUUGUUUUUCGUUGUUUUAUAUUUGAUUUAUUUUUGUUACAAUCGUUUUAAAGUUGAGGAAACAGAAAGUUGUGCAGAAUAUUUCUCUGUUGGCAUAAUUCAUAUAGAAUGUCUUUUGCGCGAUUUCAUGAAAUCAGAAUUAACACCGUCCCACUAAUCACCAAUUAUGUAAAUUGAGAUUCGAGUACACCUUAUUACUGCGAGCAAAACAAAUUUGUAAUUUAGUUUGAUAUUGCGCUUCGAUUUCGAUCAGUGUGACAAUUUUUGUCGGCGCUAAAAUCCAAUUUUUAAAAAAACCAUCUGCUGAAACAUGGCCGCAGAAGUCGAAGACAUCGAUGUGUGUCGACGGAUGAUGGGAGAUUUUGGAAAAUGGCAACUGAAAGCAAUGCUCAUGAUAUUUCUGUGCAAAAUUCCAACAUCAUGGUUCAUGGCCGUGAUCAUUUUUACAGCUCCAGCUCCCGGUCCGGGAGAUUACUGGUGCCGUCCACCGACUACUGUAAAUAUAUCAAGUUCCAACGAUUGGAUCAGAAUAUCGAAUCCGUGGGUACCGGCCAAUCUGAAUGAGAAAGGACACUACGAUGCGUGCCAUGUGUACAAAAAUGUCUUUGAGAAUGCCACCAAUUUUAUGGAGUUCAGAAAUGGCGAGUGGGUAGUCAAGGACGACCUGCCAGACCGUGGCAAUGAAACAGUUGCUUGCAACAGUUUCGAGUUUAAGUCACGGUAUCAUUCACUCGUGGCCCGAUUCAGUUUGGUCUGCUCGAGGACGCUGAUGUUGGCGCUGUCACAGAGUUUUCACAUCUUGGGAUUGCUAAUCGGUGGCAUUGUUGCAUACUAUUUGGUCAGAGUUAUCAGUCCUCGCUACGUAAUGCUCACGGGAAUGAUUAUGCAAAUUGUUUGCGGUAAUGCAACUGGAAUGGUGAAAACUUACGAACUGCACGUGACAUUCCGUUGUCUAUCGGCGUCCACUUGCGCACUCAUGUAUACUUCAGGAUCGGCCAUCCUGGCGGACAUUACACAUGGUAAAGCAAAAGUCAUAACUUCCGUCAUCUUUGAACUGUUCUGGUCGAUCGGAUUGAUCCUCUUGCCGGGCUUAACAAUAUUCUUCACGAACUACACAAAUUUGUAUAUGGCUGUGUCGAUGCCAACCAUUAUUUUGAUAUUUUUGCACAGGCAAAUACCCAACUCUCCGAGAUGGUAUCUGCGUCGCGGCGAUGUACGAAAAGCCAAACAAAUUGUAUUGAUGGCAGCAGCGACCAAUAAAAUCAAAGUUCCCGAAAAUCUGGACAAUAAAUUGAAAAUCCAGGCUGAAGCAUUUGCGCAGGAGCCGACACAAGUUCGGUGGAUGACACUGUGGGAUGGAAAGCCCAGAAAACGGCAUAUAUUUGCAGUGCACUAUGCGUGGGCAAUUUACAUAUUGUUGUUCAACUCCAUGGUACUGAACAUUCGUUCGUUCGGUCUUGACCAUAUUCAUAUCAAUACGGUUGCAAUGGGUAUGAGUGAAAUUGUCGGUGUUUUCAUUGGAUUGUAUCUGAUUCUCUACACAAGGCGAAGAUGGUUGUGGACUGGAAUCAUAUCCAUUACGGCUGGAUCGUUUGCUUACUUAACUUGGAUGAUACCAAACGAUUUGUAUUUCACCCAAAUUGUUGCACUGGAAAUGCUGCCAUGCAUUGCGAUUAAAAUUGCUACAUCCUCAUCGCUGUCCAUUCUAACGACCUGCACGUCUGAAUUGGUGGACCCCGAGCGCCAGAAAACACUUCAAUUUUCUGCAUCCGUUUGGGCUCGAGCAUGGUUCUUAUGGGCCCCAUAUAUCAAUACAACAAAAUCGUAUGGACCGUUGAUACCACUGACAAUAUUCGCAACGUUAUCAGUGGUGGGAGGUUUGUUAACGAGCGUCAUCAAUCACAGUCAUCAUAAAAAUCAUCAGAAACAAAUACAGUCCCCGCGGGCAUCGUUCUCACCGAGUCGGGUGAACAGUAAAGGAGAUAUUGAGCUGACGAAUGGUGCGUUUACGAGUAAAUCCGAUUUGGUGAAGCCAACCUGAUGUUUUAGAAUGAAUAAAAACCUUUUUGUGUAAGUAAGUCCAAAGUUCC